ACACGAUCAUUUUUCUAAUAAGUAUGCUAUAUAAAACAGUUUAACAACCAUAGAAAGGUGACCGAAUAACGAUUUACUUUCCAUAUUCUCUGUGAUUAGUAGGCAAAAGACAAACAAAUAUUUUCGUGUAAACAGAAACCAAUGGACACACAUGAGCAUAAAUUAUGUAAUGUUGUGUAUUAACUGGAUUUUUUAUAUAAAUAAACGAAUGUAAUCAAACAUGGUAACAAGACAACAUUUCAAAAACAUAGCCCAUAGGGGAUCGAAUGGACGAGUGAGAGGUCGAGGCGACCGGACGACGAACGAAAGAUGGCGGAAUGAGAUGAUGGAGUGGAUUCUGAAUACAAUAGUGGUAGAAUCAAGGAUAAUUUGAGUAUUGUCCAAAAUAACGGAAAACGGAGCAAAGUGGUAUACAGUGAUGAGAAUGACCCUUCGUAUCUAGUAGGAGUACGGUUUGUUAAUGAGGAGCAGCUGAGCAGAGAACCAGUCUUUAAGAAACCAUUUCAGUUAUCCAAACUGGUGGAGAGAGUGCUGGGUAAAGGCAAGGCUGUGCGGAUCCCGAGAGCCAUCAACACCUGAGAAGGAGGUUGAGAGAGACAUGUUUCUGUACAGAGCCUACAUUGCACAGAGGAAGUAUGCUGUGGUGAUGGAUGACAUCAAGGCCAGUUCCUCGCCAAAGCUCCAGGCUGUCAAGAUGUUUGCUGAGUAUUGCUCCAACGAGGGCAAAAGGGAUGCCGUUGUGGCUGAACUUGACAAGAAGAUGGCCAAGAGUGUAGAUGCGGCCAACACAACCUUCCUGGUCAUGGCUGCGUCCAUUUACUAGAUGAACUCUGACGCUGCCCUGCGUUCCCUGCACCAGGGAGAAAGUCUGGAAUGCAUGGCAAUGACCAUUCAGGUGCUGCUGAGUUUAGAACGUGUUGAUAUGGCAAGGAAAGAGCUGAAGAAAAUGCAGGAGCAGGACGAGGAUGCCACACUGACCUAACUAUCCACGGCUUGGGUCAACAUCGCUGUUGGAGGAGAGAAGCUGCAGGAUGCUUACUACAUCUUCCAGGAGAUGUCGGAUAAGUACUCCCCAACUCUGCUUCUGCUUAAUGGCCAGGCUGCCUGCCAUAUGGCCCACAACAAGUGGGAGGAGGCAGAGGGAGUUCUCCAGGAGGCACUAGACAAGGACAGCAGCCGCCCUGAGACUCUGAUCAACCUGAUUGUGCUGACCCAGCACUUGGUCAAAGCUCCUGAGGUAACCAACCGGUAUCUCUCUCAACUGAAAGACGCCCAUAGAGCUCACUGCUUCCUUAAAGAUUACCUGGCCACGGAGAAUGAAUUUGACAGACUGGCGAUGCAGUACGCUCCCACUGCGACUGUUUGACACAAUGGAGGAAUCUGUUUGGACCGCAAAACAUUAUGAAUACUGGACACACAACUGAUUUCUCCAUAUCUUUUUUGUCUAUCAAUAUGGCAAACUCUAAAUUGUAUGGAUUAAAAUUGACAUGCACAUUUAGACAUUUUUAUAUAUAUUUUUUUAAACUAUUUUUUUGCAGAACUUUAUCAUAAUAAUAUGACCUUUUAUGUGGUGGACACAGAUUUUAUUUAUACUCUGAAGUAGUUGUAGUACAUAAAAUGUCCCUUUUGAUAAUGUCUCUGUUUGUAACAUUUGCAUUUCUCUAAAUUGUAAAAUGCCUCCUGUGUAACUGUUUUCUAUAAACAUUCCUCUGAAUUGACAAUACAUGUUUUAUGACCCUGUUUACACUCA